AUGAGGAGGCAAUUGACCUGUAUUGGACUAUGUUUUCUGGGGGUCGGAGUUGCUGUACUAGGUUUCUGUGCAGAAUUUAAUACUAUCAAGGAAUCUGAGAUUCAGUUUUUCGCUCCUGGGAAAUGUACAUACCCAAGGACCCCAGCAUUCGCCCUCGGACUGACAGCAUUUUUGGUUCUUAUCGUUGCUCAUGCAAUUAUCAAUGCUUCAGUUGGCUGUAUUUCUCUUAACAAACUAUGCAGUUCUUAUUGGUUUCUAUUCUAUGCUAUUAUUUCCUGGGUGGCGUUUGUUAUUGCAUCUGUUUAUUUAAUUGAAGGAUUGGUUCUGCAUGACGGACACAUUAUGGAUGAGAAGUACUCCAGCUUUUGUCACAAAGUUCUUGAGUUUGGGAUAUUUGAAAACGGUGCACUAUGGGGUCUUACAAGUGUUAUCUUUGGGGUUUUGUAUUACCGUAAGAACCAAACGGUGGCUGUCAAUACUGAUGACCAUGGAAAUAUCGGAAUGACUCAACCUUAA